AUGCAGAAGCGGGCAGCUUCCCAACUGCAAUCUGAGGCCACCCUAGCAGCUGCACAGCGCGACCAGCUGGCGGACGAUCUGGCGGCGGUGACAACCAAGCUCGCCUCAGAGAAACAGGCGGCACAGGCGGCGGCAAACAAGUCGCGGGAUAUGAUUACCGCCCUGCUCCAGGAAGAGGAGCUGCAGCGUCGGAAGGCGGAGGCUACCUCUGCACAGCAGGAGGCACAAGCGGCUGCGUCUCGCGCGGCUGCUGUUGCAGCACAGCUACAGACCACAGAGGGGCUGCUAACGGAAUCACGGAAUGAGUUGGCUGCCGCUAUUGCAGCCCAGAAGCAGGCUGCCGAGCGCGCCGCAGCCGCCGUAAGGAAAGUUCAGCAGCUGACUGUGGCAUUGGAGCGCGAGAAGGCGGAGGCGGCGAAAGUCCAGGCAGAAAACCGGAUGCGGCUGGACGCGGCGGUUGCAGCGCGGACUGCUGCCGAGGCGGCGGGCGUCCAAGCGCGCACGGAACUGGCCAAGACCCGCAGCCGCGUGACGCGUCUGGAGGCGGACAUUGCGAACCGGGCUGCUCAGCUGGCCGCGCUCGAGGACACAGCCGCCAGUUUCCAAGCGCGCACGGUGGAGCUGCAGGACCAACUGGGUGCCUUACAAUUGCAACUGGCGGCCGCGAACGGCCUCGUGGCGGAGCUGGAGGCACAAAAGGCGGCGUUGACAAUGGAAAAGCGGUGCACUGCGGAUGAGCUGGAGGCGGAGCGGCGCCGUGUGGCUGAGCUGCAGGCUGCCGCGGACAAGACGGCGCAGGAGUCCGUCGCGCUCCUAGAGCGGGCAUCGGGCCUGGAGGAGGAGCUCAGCGCCACCACAGAGCUGCUGCAUGCAUGCAAGGCACAACUACACGCGGAGACGGCGACCAGCAAAGCCUUGCAGGUGCAGGUAGCGGCGCUGCAGGACCGUGUUGCGCAGGGAGCCCAACAGCUUGCCGCAGCCGAGGAGGCUACCUCGGCAGCUGAGCUGCGGGCCGCUGAGCUCAGCCAGAUGGUGACGGAGUUGCAAAAUCAGAUGGAGCUGGCUGAGGCGCGCACUGCAGAGGCACAGGCUGCCAACAGCGCUAGCUCCGUUGAGCUGGCCGCCGCUACCGCCCGUGUUCGGGACUUGGAGCAACAGAUGGACCGGCUCGCAGAGCACCUGGAGAAGAACGAGGGCGAGCUGGAGGCCGAGCGGAGCGCCAAGCAUCACCUUCGCAGCGAACUGGAUGAGCUGCAGGAGGUACACUCGAAGCUGGAGGCCACUGCCAAGAGCCUCAAGAGCAGCCAGGAAGCCACUGCCCGUGAAUUAGUAGACAGCCAGGGUCAGUUACGUGAGCUGGAAGCCAAGGCAGAGAAGCAGCGUGAGAAAGCUCUGCACUACAAGCAGGAGGCGGAACGCGCCGCUGCCGAGGUUACCUCUUUGCGCAAUGAGCUUGACAAGGCCCGGACCGUGGCCGCAGCCACGGACGCCAAGGUCAUGGAGCUAAGCACCAUGAUUAUCGAUUACGAGUCAAAGAGCAAGGACCUGGAUAAGAAGGUUCAGGACGCCACCGAUAGGGAGGCGGCGCUGGUCCGGGCGGCCGACAACUCCAAGACGGCAUUAACCAAACUGGAGCGCGACGCGCAGAUGAUCCGCCGGGAGAUGGCCGAGAGCGGCAUGCGGGCUGCCCAGAUGAAGCACGAGAACCUUGAACUGAAUCGCACCAUUGAAGGGCUUCAGGCCGCGUUGGAUAAGGCUCGUGUUGACGCGGAGAGGUCACUUAGCCUAGAGCAGCAAAUAACGCAUUUGCAGAAUGAGCUGGCCAUCGCUCAAGCCUUCCAAGCGCAGGUGGAGGAGCUGAAGCAGCAACUUGCACAGCGAGACCGCCAAUUGGCGGACGCUGCUGCCCGCGCCCACUCGCGGGUGCAGCCGGAUGCUGGUAUCCCAGCCGACGGUGAACUGGAGCUUGCCAUGGCGGCCGCCGGGUCGGCUGCCGGCACAGCCGGUGGAUCCAAACCUAAGGCUGAAGCUUCGGCGCCAAAGCGUCCCCGGGCCACGACUGCCAAGAACGGCGUGCGCCGGGACACCGUGAAGAAGGCGGAACCGGAGGCAACCCCCGCUGUCACCGAGCCGCAGCAGGAGAUGACUGUGGUCAUUGAGCCACGCAUGACGGUGAAGAGCACUGCCAGGCCGGCGCCUGUGAAGCGAGAGCCCGAGGUGGACCCCUGGGCGGCAGGGGUAGGAAUGGACGCGGAGGACACCUUGGAAUUGCUUCGUGACAAGCUGGCUCAGGGAAUGGAUAUCCUGGAAAGCCUGUCAGCCACGGACCGCACCGUGGCCACAGUGCAAGCCGGUCUGCAAACGUUCUCCUACGAUAUGCACGUCAAGCUUGGCAUGGAGGUGAUGGCACUUCGGCUCCAGGAGGCCAACAUGCGACUGAACGCGGAACAGUUUGGGGAGCAACUCCAACGAAGGGCUUUUGUGAGGGACAUGUUGAAGCGCGUGGCGAAGGAGGAUAACUGGGUGCAGUACCCUGCCAGUGACCUGGAGCGCAUCAGUCGGGCUCUGAACCGCAGCGCCAGUAAGAUUCAGGCAGCGGAGAGCGACCUGAGAGCAGGGGGGAGCACGGGCAAAGCCGACUCGGGCGCCCAGUCGCCGCCCUCCUAUGCUAAGUGGCUCGAACGGCGGCAACGGCCCAGCGCCUCCCACCGCACCGCCUUCGGCACCACGAUUGCCAAAACGAUCUCCGCGGUAUCAUCCCGCCGUACUCUGGGUCUCAACGGCGCCGGCGCCGGCGGCAGCGGACGACGCGCCAGCGACUCCAGCCAGCUACGCUCCCCGAGCCGCGCCGGCGGCGACACCGAUGCCGCCAGCAUAGCCGGCAGCGUCCCGCCCGGCGGCAUUGAGAGCCAUCAUUCCGUACGUUUCCAGGCCGGUGACGGCUUCCCAGAAGGGGCGGACGGACGAGCGGACUUAGAGGACGCGGCGGAGAUUCUGGGGCUCAGCGGCGGCGGCUUCAGCGGGCGGGAGUCCCGCCGCGGUUGCCGCCCGCAUUCAAGGUUAGCGCGGGCGGACGGCCUGGCGGCGGUGGAGGCGGGUGAGAGAGCUAGCUCCAGGGGGGGUGAUUGGAGGUCGCUUAUCCGGAAGAAACGCGGCUCUGGCUCCGCCACCAACUCCCCCAUUUCCAGUAGCGGCGGUGCCGCCGCCACCGCUGAUGGCAGUAGCGCCGACGUCGCCGCCGAUACGGACGAGGAGCUCAAGGUGGCGGCGGUCAAGAACCCGCUGAUGGCCUUGCGUCUGAGCGUGAGGAAGAGUCUGUCGUACAAAGUGCUGUCGCUGACGGACACGGAGCUUGAUGGGACGACGGAGGUGACGACGACGGCGACGGCGGCAACGACAGCGGCGACAACGACGUCGACAGAGGAUGAAGUCAAGCCGGUGACGAUUCCGGAGGUCGAGGCGCCGCUGGCGGCGCUGGAGGACGUGGUGAAGGCGGUGGAGUCCAUCAGUGACGGGCAGCUCCAAGUGUACGUAAGGGCCAUGGAAGCCUCCGCCGCCGCAGCGGCGGCAACGGCGGCGGCGGCAGUGGCGGCGGUGGAGGAUUGGGCAGCGGGGACUGCGCAGCGCCUGUCGGCGGCGCGGGAAAUGUACAGUGUCGCACACACCGCCAAGCUUGAGUCCAUCACAUGCAUCACCGACCUUCAGCAGCAGGUGCAUCUGCUGCGGGAGUGGUUGGCGGGGAGGGAGCAGAAGCGCUUGGCGGCCGCGACGGCGUCGUUGGAAGCCCAGCGGGAGCGGCUCUCCGCGGUCGUCAACGCCGCUGCUGCCGCCGCCGGAGGCAGCAGCGGCGUUGCCGCCGCCGUGGAGCGCCUCCUGACGGAUUGCGACGCGGCGGCAGAUGAGCUGGAUAAUAUGGCGGCGGCGGUGGAGGAGGCGGCGGCGGAAGCGGAGGCGCAGCUGGAGGAGCGCGAGCGGCGGCGUGCGGCGUUGCGGCUGAUCGAGGAGGAGUGCGUGAAGCUGGCGGAGGAGAUGGCGGCGCAGGAGGAGACGGAGCGGCUGGCGCGGAUUAUGAAGGAGGAGGCGGAGGCGGAGCGGCGAAUGGCGGAUGCCAAGGACGAGGCGGAGGCGCGGCGGCACGCCAUGAUGGCGGCCAUGUUGAUGGGCCAGGAGGAGUGGGUGUUGGAGAAGGAGGCCCGACUGGCGGCCCUCAGGGCUGCGGAGCGGGACCAGAAGCGGCUGGGAGUGCUGCGAUCGACGGAGGAGGAGAAGGCGAGGGCGGCGGCGGCGGUGGGACGGCCGUACGACAAGACGCUUCUGGAGGAGCUCGUCCAGCUGGAAGAGGCCGCCCGCGGGGAGGCCAGGCUGCGGCGGCAGCGGCUGGAGGAGGCACUGGCGGAGCUCAAACACUUCGAGGAGAUGCUGCAACGGCAGCACGACGGCGCGGCAGCGGCGCCGCCGCCGCCGCCGCCAUCCACGUCGCCGAGAACAUCCGUAUCCGUGUCGUCGGCGCCAGUGCAGCCGCCACCGGCACUGCCGCCGCCGCAGUUGCCUGCCGGGGUCUCUCCGGAGGCACUCGUCCGAUAUGCUGUGACGGCAGUACGGGAGUGCGCCGACAAGGCGGCGGCUGUAGCGGCGGCGGCCGGCGGGGGUACGGGAGCUGCAGCGGCGGAAGGAGGAUUGAAUGAGAGCAGCGCCGAGUCGGAUCUUGAUCAGGCAAGUCGCGAGGCCCAGGCCCGUCUUUCGGCGGCCAGAUUGGGUCUGGAGGCGGUUGUGGCCGGAGCGGGGGAGUCGCGCCGGAAGGUGUCCUGGAGGGCGACGGCGGUGUCGCCGUCACAUCCACGGUCACGCUCGCUGUCGCCGACGUCAGCAGCGGCGGCGGCGACGGUGGAUCCAACCGCAGUCUCAGCAGCAGCAGCAGCCUCAGGGGUUCCUACCCAGGAGACCGCGGCAGCGGCGAGAGCCGUGGCGGCGGCGGCGGCGGCGGCGGAGGAGGAGGACGGCGAAGGGGCCGCUGCGGGAGCGGCUCCAUCGCCACGGAUGUCGCGGGCGCUCACUCAGUUAGCAAGCCUGGCACCGAGGGACUCGGCCGCGUUGAGGUCCGCGCAGCAAGAGCUUCAAGAAGAGCAGGCGCGGCUAGCGGCGAUUGUGGCAGACGCUGACGGCAGGCUGAAGGGCCGUAGCAGCCUUCUCCUCCAGGACCUUUCUCAGUCCACAACCGCCCCACAAUCCUCGCUGCUGGGGCUGCAGCUGGCGUCGUCGAUGCCGCCCUCGCUCAGUCCUCGAGGCUCUCUGGGGGCCCCCAUACUACGGAUGCGCCCCUCGGGUAGCGGCCAGGGGGGUCCCGGCAGCAUGGCGGCAAUGGGCCUCAGUCCCCGGUCGGAUGCGACAGGACCUGAAUGGCCCCUCCGACCCGACCCGUUAAGCUCAGUCUCCUCGUACGGCUCUCAACCUAGCGGCGCUGGCGGCGGUGCGGUUUUGCUGGGCGGCGGCGGCGGCCUGGCGCCGCCGCCGCUGCCGGCUGUGCUGCCCCACGCGAGGGCCGGCGGCGCACACAGCAGAGCACAGCAACACGGCGCUGGUGCAAUAUCGCCGUACAGCCGCACCCUGCCGCCGCCGCAGGUGAUCCUGCCGGUGGUGGGCUCGAUGGACAUGUCCGGAUCCACUUCUCGAAAGUCGCUGCUCGUACAGCCACGCCCCGGCCCAGGCUCCGGAACCAGCCCCACCGCGACGCCGGAUUUCCUGCCACGCAUAAGCGGGGCCUCGACGGCAUCGGCGGGAGCGGGUACGGCACUGGCGGCGCCGCCACCCACACCACGAUAUGUCACGUCGCAGCUGCAGCGCAUCUAUCACAAUGCCAAUUCAGGCGUUGGGGGGAGCGGCAGCGUGGGGGGAACAGCGGCGGCAGGGGGCAAGUCUAGCGGCGCCGCCGCCGCGCAGGCGGGCGGUGCCAGCAGCACUGAGAACGUGGGUCUUAUUGGCGGACAGUCCCUGGCAGCAUUGGAUUUGCUCAGCCAGCUGUUACCCACGAUUGCGCAGGGAGUGGGUGAGGUACGGAAGGGCAUGAGUGGCUGGGGGGGGAAUGCCAGCGGCGCUAGUGCUGCCGGCGGCGGCGGCGGCAGCAGCGCCGCGGCCCCUGCAGCAGGGGCGCCGCAAACCACGAGUCAUGAUGCUUCCAGAUGCCCCAUCGGCACUGGAGCCAUGCACGGAUCACCGCUGCGGUCCAGUCGUAAAGGCCGGAGCAUUUUGCUGGACUCGGUUGACGGGGGCAGCUCUUCACACUCUUCCGCCUCGUCAUCGACGUCAGCGGCGGCGGCGACGGCGGCCGCGGCGGCGGCCGCGGCCGUGUCGCUUACCGCUAUGGCAGCCCCGCCGGGGAGCCCGACAGGGGCCCGGAUACGGCACCAAACAUUAUCACUCAGCACCCAGCCACUCCACCACCACCGCCGCCACAACAACAACGGGCUGUCCAGGUCUGCGGACGCCGGCGGCGGUGCUGCCGCUGCCUCGCGGCGGAGCUUCGCGCCCGGUGCCACGAAGGCCGGCAAGGGCGGCAAUGGAGAUCCGCGGAACCGGAGCUCGGCAGAAAUGGAACGUUGGAUGAUCCGCGGCAUCAACAUGCAGACAUCUCCAAAGGGGACCCCCGGGACGCAAUACCAACAGCAACAGCAACAGCAGCGAAACGGGGCGGCAGUACUCCGCCCUUAG